GUGCGGUUUAGUUCAAAGGCGUGACGUCAUGCUGUAGAGGAUUGUCGGCGGCGGGCAUGUGGCUUUGAUGUUUUAUUUUCAAACUUUACUGAAAUUGGAUUUUGUAUUUUGAUGAUGGCAGUUACAUGUUAAAGUGUUUAACGGAUAAGUUUUCAAGUGAAUUUGUGUUAUUCGCCUUUGGAUUACGUACUGUAACGACUUUUGUGCAUCUGGCCGAUAUACGGAUUUUUGGGGACCCAAAGGGACGCUGGACUAUUCAAGCCACAGGUAUGCUGACCUGUGUAACUAGAAAUGUCUAGCAAAGUAGACCAGUUUCUGUCAGAAAGUGGAGGCAACAACUUUACUGAGACGGCCCCCAGGCCACCAGUUCCAGGUGAAGAAAAUGAGAAAGAGAGCAAUGGGGGUAUGUCAACGAGAAGUAGUGGCUCACAUAAGAGCCAAGUGUCACACACUUCCGGCAGAAGCAUUGGUUCCAAUAAGGGGGACAUUAAUCCUGCCACACCCAGAAAGUCUAAUAUCGACAAAGCUGCUACAAGUAACAUCUCUAAUGUGUCAUGUGGAUUUGAGGACGAGAUGAAUGCACCUUUAGGUUUUGAACCUGAAGGCUCUGCAGCAAAUUCACCACCAUUCACAGAGAACAGUACACCACCAUACCUAAAAUGGGCUGAAAGUUUACACACAUUAUUAGAUGACCGCGAAGGUGUUCAGUUAUUCAAAUUGUUUUUACAACAGGAGGGUAUAGGAACAUGUUCAGUGGAUUUCUGGUUUGCUUGUCAAGGAUUAAAACUGAAACAAGAAGGAAGUGAGGAAUACAUUCAAGUGAUUAAAAUUAUUCAUAAGAAAUUUAUUAAAAGUGAUAAGUUACCAUAUGUGGAUUUAAAUACAAAGCGCAAAAUUUCUGAAAGUAUUCAAACUAGUAUGGAUGUUUGUAUAUUUAAUGAGGCUCAAACACAAGUGGAAGAAUAUAUGAAAAAUGACACAUAUCCAUUGUUUUUAAAGUCAGAUCUCUACAUUCAGUAUGUGUCGAAAGAAGGUGAAAGUCCAAAAAGCUCAAACAGUAGUAGUGGGUCAAAUAGUGCUAGACCUAUGUCCUCAGGUCCUUUACCCACUUUAAAAGAGGACCAGGAGCUACAACAAGAUGACUUUGCAGUUCCGUAUGUAGACUUAGGACCACCACCUACAAAGACUUCAAACCGCUCAUUUAAUUGUGAUACUAAAAGGCAGGAAGUGUUUAGCGCACCAUAUAAUGUUCGAGCAGUACCGUAUCAUGUUUCGUAUGCUCCAGUGUCUGCGCAAGACAGUGAGAUCCAGUCAAUAUCCUCAAGUCAAGAUGCCCUUACAGAUGACACUCGUUCUUUGACAGACAGUAGUGUAGAUGGCCACUCAUUACGAGAGUCAAGAAAAAACAAGAGUUAUUUGAAGGCUAUGAAAAGACGUGCUGGCACUAACAGGGAAUACGGUCCUUUUAUUCCAAGAACAGAAAGAGCACCAAAAGAUCGUAAUAUAGCAGAGGUAGACUGUCAAAAGUUUGCCGAAAUGCUGAUUGAGAAACUUCUUCAGGUGCAGAGAGAGAGAGAGAAAGAUGAACGGGUAAAACUGUCGCUCAGCCAGGCUAUGAAUAAAAGUGAUAUCAAUGACACACUUGAUAAGUCAUGUAUGUCGACUGCAUCAUCAAAGAACAAUACUACCUCUACCUCUCUUGGGCCUUUACUCACGUCAUCUGUUAUUGAUGAAGAAAAUGCAGACUCUAUCCUUGAAGAACAUUGUUCACGGAUAUGGGAACGUUCAGCGCAGCAGACGCCAAGUCGGUCGCCUGGACGACACUCGCCCAGGUCUAAGUCACCCGACAGAUUUCGAAAAAGUUUAUCUCAAAGUCAUCCACAUUCUGGCACUUCAAGCAUGCCAACAACAUUACAUUCAAAACAAUUACAUAAGAAACGUGACUUUUAUUCCACAUCAUCAUUUGAUAGUGGUAUGGUAGAGGACCUUAAUAAGUGUUCAGUUGAAACUCAUAAACAUAUUCAUCAUCAUCACCAUCAUCAUCAUGAAAGAGGACGUAAAUCGAAACAUAAGUUAGAACAGCAAGCACAACAACACAGUAUGAUGUGUUGGGGUGACGGCACUCCGCGACCUCAUAGUUCUAGUGGAACGAGACAAAAGACUGGUAGUCGGACUCAUUCUGAUAGUGGAAUUAGUAUGGUUGAAUCUAUCGGCCAGACACAGGCAGAUGUUUCCAUGUCUGAUCCAUCAAGAACAAAAGUAUUACAAUGGAUUUUGGACAAUGAAAAUGUUAACAGAGGUACCAGUUCAGCAUACCCGGAUUCGGACAAGACCAGUUCAACAUAUAAACGUUCCCACAAAUCGUCAGCAUUAACCCCACUUCCACAACAACCCCACAAACAAAGCACUUCAAAGAAAGGAAGUAGCAGUCACAUGAAUAGAUCUGCGUCUGCUGAUAGUGGCAGUAGACAGCCAUGGGUAUCUCAGGGAGGUCCUCUUGGUGUGAUGCCCAACCAGCCAAUUGUGCAAGAUCCAUCAAUGCCGCUGAUGCCACCGCCAAAUAUAAAAGUACAGCUUGAUGAGGUGAAGAGAAGACUUAAUGAGCAGGACAUGAUGAACACAAUCCCACCUAAAUCUAAGUCAUUUACUGCAGUUUCGAACAAAGAUCGUCGACCUGGCAUGCAAAUGUCCCAGAGUACUGGACAAGAUUACUCGUACACAGUUCCGUCUGCUAAGACAGUACCCGCUGAACUUGACAUUUCAGUGGAUAGAACUGAAAAGAAGAAGAGAACAUCAGGGAGUGGAAAUACCUCAGGGUCAAGUAAGCCAGACGAGAUCAGUAUCGGUUAUUACUUGUGUGGCGAGCCUAUCCCAUACAAAACUACCAUACCACAAUCCAGCGUUACCCUCGGACAACUCAAAACUCAUAUUAGCAAGAGAGGAAAUUUCCGAUACUUUGUUAAGACAUACAACAAAGACUUUGAUUCUGAGGCUGUGUACGAGGAGGUGAAGGAGGACAGUCGUAUCUUACCAGAGUACGACGGUAAAGUUCUUGUUAAGAUAGAGCGUAAAGAUGAUCUAGAUACAUCAAACAAGUCGAGCGGAAGUGAGAAGAAAUAUCAGAUAUAAGAGACUAGACUUAAAUAAAUGGUGCGAUUAUUUGUACGCGUUCGUAUAGUAUUAUUCCAUUUCGUUUCGAUUGGAAGAAUAUAAAGACUUUUAUGAAACCAAAGAGUUUCUUCAUAAUAUUGUUUAUAUUAGGCCGGGCAUAUAUUAUAUAUAUUGAAAUGGACAAUAGUUUAAACAAAUGCAAUAUGGACAUUAGAAUUUGUUCAGUUUGAUUGUGUUGAAAAAUGAAGUGCAUACUAUGAACAUAUGUGACUGUGAAAAUGAUACUGUGAAGCAGUGAGAGUAAAUGUUUGUACAGGUAUGACUGAUGAUAAAACUGCAUUAAAGCAUCGUGAACAAAUUCAACAUUUUCGUACAUAUUUUACAUGACAGUGAGCAGUUUUAAGAACAAUAUAUAACUACAGGUUGUUAACAAGGAAAAGGUCUGUGCUUCGAGAUGUUGUUCUUACCUAGGUUUUGGGGUAUUUGAAUAAAAAUUACUGUUCAAAGGCACAAUGUACCAAGUUAGUGUUUUAGUAUGUGUACAGAUUAUUUACAAUUUGAAGAAGUUGUGAGAUGAAACCCUACUUUAUAAUACUCUAUGUGUGACAUUCAUUAAAAUUCUGUUGUCCUUUUUAUGAUAAGAUAGUGCUAUGGUUGUGAAAUGCUCAUUUUAACAAAGCUACAAUUUCAAAUGGGCAUAAUGUAAAUCUUUAAUAAAACUUCAUUGUCAAAUAGGUAUGUCCCAAACAUGGAAGAGACAUGACUUUUUUAAAAGAUGGAAUUUUUUUUUUUUGAUCUGCAUAAUAUUAAAACACAUGAAUAAGAUUUUAUAUGUGAAAAUGGUUAAAUAUAUGAAAUUUCAAUUUUCAUUUACUAGUACAGAAUUAUUUUGGAUAAAGUUUUAUAGAAUGUUUUUAAGGUUUUAUUGAUAAACUCAUUGUUUUUUUAACAUAUUUUUAUCUUCAAGUUGCACAACGAUAGUUUCACAUGAUUUUACCUGUUUGUUUUAGAUAAAAUAAUUUCUGACUUGAACUCCUGUUUCCAAGGUUAACAUUUAGAAAAUAUGUUUUUAACAUUUUAGAAAAUCGGCCAUUGGUGACAAAUGCAGCUAUAUUUAGAUAUAAUUCUAUGUAAAAUCCUUUAAAAUGCCUUUUUUGUAACAAUUUUUUUUUAAAUUUAUUGUGAAGAAAUUUUUUAAUUAUCAAAAUUGUAAGCUUAUGAUUAAAUUGUUACCAAAGUAAAUAAAAUGUCAAAAAAUUCAUAUAAACCUUUAAAAUUUCUUGUUCACAAUUCAAUUAUUAAUAUCCUUGUUCUAUAAAACAUGAAUAAACAGAAUAAAACAUUAGGGCAUAAGAGAUAUUGCACAAUAAACCAUGACUAGAGUGUUAAGAACAAUUGUAUUUUAAAGGCUGUCAACCAUAUGAUUAAACCUCUGGCUUAUCAACAGUUUCAUAUAACCAACAAUGGCACUUUUUACAGUUUAAUAUAACCAACAAUUCCAAGAUUGGAAAUAAAGCUUUAAAUAUUUUGAUUUAUCCAAAAUUAUCUCAUUCCAUUUUUUAAGCACAUAUGUCUAAUUAAUUAGAUGAUAAUUUAGUAUUUUGAUGAAGUUAUGGUUGAAAGCCUUGUAUGUACAGUGUCCAUAACCAUUAGAAAUCAUUUUUUUAAAGUUCUCAGGAAUGUUAGUAAGUAGUGGACAAAAAAGAUACAAAAAUCACAGCUGUUCAUUGUGUGUUACAUAUAUCAGUUUGUUGUUUCUUAUAGAAACUUGCCAGAGAAAAUGGCAAAUGUACAUUUUUUUAAUUUAUUUUGUUAAUUUAAAUUUAAUAAAAUGACACUGGCAUUAUUAAAUUAAGAAAUCAAAUGUGCUAUAUUACGUAGCUUUCACAUUUUAUCAUUAUAUCAUAUUUAUUUUGAACCAUUAAAAAAUUUUGUCAGUCACAAUUAUGAAGGAUUUUUUAUGUCAUUAAAAAUUUGGUUAUUACUUUACAGAUAAAUGUUUGAUGAUACAAAGUACAAUAAUAUUUGAAAUUAUGAUGAAUAUUUAAAUAUAUUUCCAAGUUUCCAAGAUUUUUGUUAGAAUUACAAGCCCACUGUUUGAAUGUUUAUUUUACUGAUUAAUUCAAUACAUUGUAAUUGAUACAAACAACAUGUUAUUAUCCUUCAUAAUUGAUAUUAUUUGCCGAUAUUCAGUAUUUGAGAAUAAAGUGUAGGUUGUAUGUUAAUAAAUGAGAAUAUUCAAAUAAUGUUGAAAUAUUUAAUAGGAGAGAAAUAUGUACCAGUAAAUAAAUAAUGUUUUUGUAAUAUUUAAUAUAUUGCAAGUUCAAAAUAUUAUUAUAAAAUUUGAAAUUUAUCCAUUUUAAAAAAAUAUUUUUACAUAGGUUUUGGUUAUUUAAAAAAAAUUCUUUCACUUAUCAUGAAAUGUGUUUGUUUACAUGCUUUUUGAUGCAUUCAACUAUCACCUGUCAAUUGAAAUACUACUAAUAAACAUUUUGUUUCUUUGACAAGUUAGUUGAGACAAAAUCUUUGUCUAAAUGACUUAACAAAUUUUGAUAAUAUCAAAAUAUUUGUUUGAAUUUAUUUGCUGGUACAUAUAUCUACAUGUAUGAUGUCAUAUCAGGUCUAUGUUGUAGGGCCGGCUCUGUCCUCCAGGGGGGCAGCUUGUCUGUGAUGAUAGAAUUUAUUGUCAUGUAUUUGUAAACUAUGGCAGAAUAAAAUGUGUCAAUCUUA